GUAACAUUCCUAAAGAAAUUGGGAACUUGAGAAUGCUUCAAUGGUUGGAUCUUAAUACAAACAAGUUAAGUGAUAAUAUUCCAAACGAGAUAUUUGGUCUCACAAAUCUACAAACUUUGGACUUAAGUGUCAACGACUUUAGGGGCCACGUUCCUAGAGAAAUUGGGAACUUGACAAUGCUUCGAUUGUUAGACCUUAGUACGAACAAAUUAAGUGGUAAUAUUCUAAUAGAGAUUGGUGCCCUUACUAAUUUACGAUAUUUAGACAUGAGUUUCAACAAGCUUAAUUAGCCAACAUGUUCCACGAGAAAUUGGGAAACUAGAAGGGCUUCAAUCCUUGUACCUUAGUAAUAACAAGUUAAGUGGUAAUAUUCCAAAUGACAUUGGUGGUCUUACUAAUUUACAAACUUUGAGCAUGGAUUUCAAUAGCUUUAGUGGCCAAGUACCAAGACAAAUUUGGAACUUGACAAUGCUUCAAACGUUGUAUCUUGGUAACAACAAGUUAAGUGGUAAUAUUCCAACUGAGAUCAGUGUUGUUACUAACUUACAAUAUUUGGAUAUGAGUUUCAACAACUUCAGUGAUCUAGUGCCACGAGAAAUUGGGAACUUGACAAGCCUUCAGUUGUUGUUCCUUAAUAACAACAAAUUAAGUGGUAAUAUUCCUACAGAGAUCGGUUCACUUAUUAAUUUACAAUAUUUGGAUAUGAGUUUCAACAACUUCAGUGAUCAUGUGCCACGAGAGAUUGGGAACUUGACAAGCCUUCAAACGUUGUACCUUAAUAACAACAAAUUAAGUGAUAAUAUUCCGAAAGAGACUGGUGCUCUUACUAAUUUACAAACUUUAAGCAUGAGUUUCAACAACUUUAAUGGCCAUGUCCCAAAAGAAGUUGGCAAUUUGACAAUGCUUCAGUGGUUGAACCUUCAUAAAAACAAGUUAAGUGGUAAUAUUCCAAAAGAGAUUGGUGCUCUUACUAAUUUACAGUAUUUGGCAAUAAAUUUCAACAACUUUAGCUGCCAAGUACCAAGAGAAAUUUGGAACUUGACAAUGCUUCAAACGUUGUAUCUUGGUAACAACAUGUUAAGUGGUAAUAUUCCAACUGAGAUCAGUGUCGUUACUGACUUAGAACAUUUGGAUAUGAGUUUCAACAACUUCAGUGAUCAUGUGCCCCGAGAAAUUGGGAACUUGACAAGCCUUCAGUUGUUGUUCCUCAAUAACAACAAAUUAAGCGGUAAUAUUCCUAUAGAGAUCGGUACCGUUACUAAUUUACAAUAUUUGGAUAUGAGUUUCAACAACAUGAGUGAUCAUGUGCCACGAGAAAUUGGCAAUUUGACAAUGCUUCAGUGGUUGAACCUUCAUACCAACAAGUUAAGUGGUAAUAUUCCAAAAGAGAUUGGUGCUCUUACUAAUUUACAGUAUUUGGAAAUAAAUUUCAACAACUUUAGUGGCCAAGUGCCAAGAGAAAUUUGGAACUUGACAAUGCUUCAAUCGUUGUACCUUGGUAACAACAAUUUAAGUGGUCAUAUUCCAAAAGAGAUUGAUGCUCUUACUAAUUUACAAAUUUUGAGCAUUAGUUUCAAUAGCUUUAGUGGUCACGUGCCAAGAGAAAUCCAAAACUUGCCAAAGCUUCAAGAACUGUUCUUGGAUGCCAACAAUUUAAGUGGUCCGAUACCAUCCACCUUUGUGAAUCAAUCAGGAAUGGUUUAUUUAGGGCUUGGUCUCAACUUCUUCAAUGGAGAGAUACCACCAUCCAUUUGCAACAUGACAUCCCUCCAAUUCCUCUAUUUAUCAUACAAUAAUUUGGAAGGGCCAAUUCCAAAAUGUGUGGGAAACUUGAGCACAUCUCUUUUAAUCCUCCAUUUGAAUGCAAAUAAACUUAGUGGCAUCAUUCCAUCAACAUUCCAAAAGGGUUGCAAUCUUCAGUCAAUCAAUCUGAAUGACAACGAAUUUGAAGGAACACUACCCCAAACCCUAGUCAACUGCCAGGGUUUGUUGGGCAUCGAUAUUGGUAAUAAUGAAAUACAAGAUGCGUUUCCCUUUUGGAUGGAAUCACUCCCUCAACUUCGCUUGCUUGUCUUGAGGUCAAAUAAGUUCAAUGGUAUGAUGUUGGUGGAUUCAAACUCAAACACGGAGCGACCAUUUCCAAAGUUGCAAGUCUUUGAUGUAUCGCAGAAUGCAUUUGUUGGCCCUCUACCUGAUAGAUAUAUCAAGAACUUUCGAGGUAUGAUAGAUGCAAAGGAAAACCAGACUGAUGAUGCAGCAAAUUUGUUUCUAAGUUUUAUAGACUUGAAACUCACAUUGAAAGGAUUGGAUCAGCUAUUGCUGCAAUUGUUGGAUACCUUUACAACUAUUGACUUAUCCUCUAACAGAUUCUCUGGGAGCAUUCCAACUUCAGUAGGGAAUCUUAACUCUCUUAGAUACUUGAAUUUGUCUCACAAUACCAUUGUAGGACAUAUACCUUCAUCGGUUGCAGGUAUGAGUUUACUCGAGUCGUUGGACUUGUCUUCAAACAAACUAGAUGGAGAAAUUCCAAGUGGAUUGGCAAGGUUGACAUUUCUUGCAAAGUUAAACCUUUCGAUGAAUAAUCCCAAGGGAAAAAUACCACAGUCUACUCAACUUUCCACAUUUGGUAAUGAAUCAUACGUUGGAAAUGUAAGAUUGUGCGGAUUUCCAUUGACAAAAAAAUGUGAGGGGAGUGAUGGAAAACCAGUAUUUCCUCAAGACGAAGAAGAUGGUGAUGAGUAUGGAUUUAUAGAUGGAUUUGGUUGGCGAAGUGUGGUGAUGGGGUAUGGGUGUGGAUUUGUAGUUGGAAUUGGAAUUGGUUACAUGAUUAUAAAAUGUGGAAGGCCAAAAUGGUUAGUUGAAUUCUUUUUUGGGGUUGGAUAUAAUAAUAGUAAGACGAAGAGAAGAAAUAGAGCAAAAGCAACCACAAGGAGAAGGUAAUUCAAGACAAACGUUGUGAUUUCCUUGUGCUUCAUUUGUAACUCUAGCAUAGUGGGUGUAUAUAUGAUGUUUUGUAAUUAUGCUUUGUAAAAUAUGCAAUUAAUGUUGUAUAUCUAAGGUUGGUUACUUUA